AUGGCUAAACUUGAACCAUCUAGUGAUCCUGUUAGUCCUUUCUUCGUUCAUCAUUCUAAUCACCCGGGAAUGAUGCUGGUUUCAACCAAACUUACCGGUGAAAAUUAUGGCACUUGGUGUUGUUCCAUGUCAAUUGCACUCAGUGCAAAGAACAAAUUAGGGUUUGUUGAUGGAAGUGUUAAACACCCAUAUGCGAAGACAAAGCCCACAGAAUCUGCUCUUUGGCAACGGUGCAACGACAUGAUCCUUAUGUGGAUUAUCAAUACACUUUCCAGUGACUUGGCCACCAGUGUGGUGUACAUGAUGACAGCCAAAGAUGUUUGGGAUGAUCUUCGAGAACGUUUUUCUCAACAAAACGUGUCUUGUCUCUUUGAAAUCCAACGUGACCUUGCACGUCUUACACAGAGUCAACAACCUAUCAACGUGUAUUUCACCAAGCUUAAAGGUUUGCGGGAUGAGAUGGAUUCCUACCAAACUUUAAAGUCGUGUUCUUGCGGGGCUGUUCAAUCUAAUAACGAACAGGUGGAGAGAACCAAGGUUUUGCAGAUUUUAAUGGGGUUAGACGACUUGUAUCUGUGA